AAAAAUAACAUACUUUAGAUCAAAAAUGGAAAGUUCAAGAUUUGCUAUAAUUUCAUUCUCUUUAACCCUUCUUCUUUCUGUUUCAUGGGCCACUGCAAAUAAUUCAUCUCUUCUUGAAUGCCUUGAGAGCCAUUCCGAACCCUCUAAUCCAAUUUCUGCAGUUUCAUACACUCCUGGAAAUUCUUCAUAUUCUUCUGUUUUGCAAUCUUAUAUACGAAACUUGCGUUUCAAUGAAUCUACGACGCGUAAGCCCCAACUGAUUCUGACCGCAUUGCAUGUUUCUCACAUUCAAGCAGCCAUUGUUUGCUCCAAAAUUCAUGGACUGCAAAUGAAAAUCCGCAGUGGAGGCCAUGACUAUGAAGGGGUCUCGUAUGUUUCAGAUGUUCCAUUUUUCAUUCUUGAUAUGUUCAACUUUCGAUCAAUCAAUGUCAGUAUUGAAAAUGAGACUGCAUGGGUUCAAGUUGGAGCGAUUCUUGGUGAAGUUUACUACAGAAUUGCAGAGAAAAGCAAUGUUCAUGGGUUCCCCGCCGGAGUUUGCCCGACAGUCGGGGUUGGCGGCCAUUUCAGCGGCGGUGGAUAUGGUAACAUGAUGCGAAAAUACGGCCUCUCCGUUGACAACAUUAUUGAUGCACAAAUAAUUGACGUUAAUGGCCGGAUUCUUGAUCGUGCAUCAAUGGGAGAGGAUCUGUUCUGGGCAAUCACUGGAGGUGGUGGAUCCAGCUUUGGAGUUGUUCUAGCGUAUAAAAUCAAGCUCGUUCAAGUCCCCUCUACAGUUACUGUUUUUCGAGUCCCAAGAACUUACGAAGAAAACUUAACAAAUAUAGUUUACCGUUACCAACAAAUUGCGGAAAACUUGCCUGACGAAAUCUUCAUCAGGAUGACACUUGAUGUCGUGAACAGUAGUGUUCGAACUGGAGCAAAAACCAACAGAGCGACAUUCUUGACUUUGUACCUAGGAGAUUCCGUAAAACUUCUCUCCCUCAUGAAUGAAACUUUUCCAGAACUGGGAUUGAUGCAAUCUGAUUGUACUGAAAUGAGUUGGGUUGAAUCUGUCCUUUAUUGGACUAACUUCCCCACUGGAACUCCGGUUAACGUUCUUCUCAGUAGGGUACCUCAAGUAUUAACCCACCUGAAGAGGAAAUCCGAUUACAUAACAAACCCUAUUCCAAAACAGGGUUUAGAGUUCAUAUUCAAGAGAAUGAUAGAACUGGAAUCAGUAGCGCUUGCAUUCAAUCCUUAUGGAGGAAGAAUGGCUGAGAUUCCACCAUCAGAAAAACCUUUUCCACAUAGAGCUGGAAAUCUAGCCAAGAUUCAAUAUGCAGCAAACUGGAAUGAAAAUGGAGUCGAGGCUGCUGAAAAAUACAUAAAUUUGACAAGAAAAUUAUAUGCUUAUAUGACUCCCUUCGUCUCCAAGUCACCAAGGGAAGCAUUUCUCAAUUACAGGGAUCUUGAUUUGGGGAUUAACCACAAUGGGAGAAACAGUUACUUGGAAGGUGCAGUUUAUGGGAUUAAGUAUUUCAAGAAUAAUUUUAAUAGAUUGGUAAAGAUUAAGACGAAGGCUGAUCCAGACAAUUUCUUUAGAAACGAACAAAGCAUCCCGGUAUUUCCAUCCCGGAGAAGAUAAGAAAGACAGAAAUAGUGCAUCUUAUGUUGUCUGAAGUUGAUGUUGCUUGUUAUUGCGACACAUUCCAUCGUUGUUAAUUUGCGUUUUAAGUGUUAUUUUUUUUUUCAGGAAAUUUACAUUAUAUAUUUCAAGGAUAACUUUAAUAGAUUGGUAAAGAUUAAGAUGAAGGUUGAUCCAGACAAUUUCUAUAGAAACGAACAAAGCAUCCUGGUAUUGUUGUAAAUUUGUGUUUUAAGUAUUUCUUAAUAAAAUUUGCAUUUGUUUAUA